GGCGUGAAUUUAAUUAGUAAUAAAUUGUUUUCGUGAUAUAAAGUUCUAUUUAAGGGACCUAGGUUAAUCUGGGAUUAAUUUUCCUCUGCUAUGUUUUUACUUUAACUCGGUGUAUAGUGUGAAUAGUUUUAAAUUUCUACAAUGGUUUUAACUGUAGAUGAAGUGAGUAGGCGCUAUCCAAUACACUGGUUGGUUUGGAACAACCAGCACGAUGAGCUGAAGACGAAUCUGGAAAAUAAAAAGUAUACAGAAGAAGAACUAGAAUUGAAGGACCCGCGCGGUCGAACCCCUCUGUUGCUGGCUGUCACUCUGGGGCACACAGAGUCCGCCCAGGCUUUAAUAGACGCCGGUGCCGACGUCAACUGUGAGAAAGACGGAUGGACAGCCGUCCAAGAAGCCACUUCGUCAGGAAACGCUGCGCUUUUAUCCCUGGUGCUAUCUCGGAGGGACUACCAGCGCCACGUGCUACGCUCCUGUGGUAUCCCAGAGCUCUUGAGGAAGCUGAGUCUGGCACCCGAUUUUUAUGUUGAGAUGAAAUGGGAAUUCACUAGUUGGGUGCCUUUAGUAUCAAGAAUGUGUCCGUUCGACACAUAUAAAGUGUACAAACGCGGAGCCAAUGUUCGCGUGGAUACGACACUCAUAGGCUUCGAGAACAAUCACUGGCAGAGGGGAGAUCGAACUUACAUAUUCAGAGGUCAAGGUCGGUCGGCCAGCCUGGUGGAGUUGGACCACGAGGCUGGCACGGCGUGGUGCGAGCGCGUGGAGCCGGCGGCGCCCGGGGCGGAGUGCCCGGCGCCGUCGGCCCGCGCGCUACAGCAGCGCCUCGCAGCGCCCAUCUCCAUCAACUACCUCGACACGGACAAGAUCAGCUUCGAGAGGAACAAAAGCGGCAUCUGGGGCUGGCGGCAAGACAAGACCGAGCCGGUCAACGGUUACGAGUGCAAGGUGUUCAGCGCCAACAACGUGGAGCUCGUCUCCAAGACUCGCACCGAGCAUCUGGACAAGGCGCGGCGCUCCAGCCCCCGGGCUCCGCUGGCGGGGCUGCUGGCGCUCGCGGACUCCGACACCAGCGCGCCCUCUACUCCGCUCCUCACUCCUGAAACGGAAGAACCUCCGCGCAGUAGGUCCCGUGAAGAGUUGAAUGUCGUAUCCUGGGAGGAGUACUUCUCUGGGGAGGCGAUGGAGAGGGACAUCGGGAGGCCGAAGGAGAUAACCGAGAAAGUGCAGAAGUUCAAAGCCACUCUUUGGUUGUGCGAAGACUAUCCAUUGGAGCUGCAAGAGCAAAUAAUGCCGAUAUUGGAUUUGAUGGCCGCUAUAUCCUCGCCUCACUUCGCGAAGCUGAAGGACUUCAUACAGAUGCAGCUCCCGGCUGGGUUCCCAGUUAAAAUAGAGAUCCCGCUGUUCCACGUGCUGAACGCGCGCAUAACGUUCGGCAACAUCUUCGGCACGGAGAGCGGCGCGGCGCACGUGCAGUGCAUCGCGGAGGGGCGGCGCGCGGCGUGCGUGCUGGACGACGCGUGCUUCGAGCUGGGCCGCGGCUACCGGGACGCCGCCGCGCCCGAGCCGCGCGGGGAGAUGGACCACGACGAGCGCCUCAUGCACUACGCCAUACAGCAGAGCCUCAUGGACGCCGGCACGCACGACGACCAGGUGGACGUGUGGGAGGCGCUGCGGGGCGCGCGGCCCCCCUCGCCGCUGCACGAGACGCAACUACAGAGGGCGAUCGAGGCGUCUCUGGCGACGAUGACGAUGUCUCCGCCUACUCCUCCGCCCAUGGACUCCGACCCUGAGCUGCAGGAGGCACUGGCUCUGUCUGCGAAGGAACAAGCCACAAGAGCUCAGCAAUUGGAGGCAGAACAGCGGGCGCUCGAUGAAGUUCUACGUCUCUCGCUAAUAGACAAGUAACAAGACAACUGAAAAGAUCUCACCAUCCGUGCGUCCAAACCAAAUGAAGACUUAUUCCUACUAAGUUUUAUUGUUAUAUUACAUAAUAAUAUACGCUAAAUUAUUAGCAUAAUAGUAAAACUGUAAUAAUAUAAUAUGAUAUAAUCUAGUUUUUUAAGUAAUUUGACUUGUACGGUUGUAUGAAAAAUAGUUUCAUUAAGGGGGGGUGAUUGAUCAUUUGUUUUAAGUACUUAUAUCUUGACUAGACAUUGAAAAUUUAAAUUCAGUGUAAAAUACAAUUUUAAGGUAAUGUUUUUGCAAGAUACAUAUAUACAUAACUUUUUUUUUGAGUUUUGAUAGGUAGGCCCAGACGUGGGCGAAGAACGAAAUGAUUUUAUUGUAAAAAAAAGCGUGGGGUGCAUGGUAUCAGUACCUAGUUAUAAAUAUUUUAUGAAUAGA